AUGGCAAGCAACAAGGAGAAGGCCCGUCCAGGCGACUGGAAUUGCCCAACCUGCAAUGACUUGCAGUUUGCGCGGAACAGCAGCUGCCGGCGGUGCGGAGGUCCGAAGCCAACUCUCCAGAACAUGGGGCCUGCAGCUCUUGGCUUCUAUCCAUGCGGAGGUGUGGGGUCUGGUACCUCUCCAAAUGGUCAGGCAAUGAUGUCUGGCGACUGGGUUUGUCCCAACUGCCAAGACCUUGUCUUUGCAAGGAACAGCCACUGUCGGCGAUGCAGUACACCCAGGCCGGAGCAGCCUUUCGUCCCACCAGGCUUCCCUGGCUAUCCUGGCUACCCCGGUUACUCCGGAUAUUUCCCGUGGUGGGGUUAUCCGCCACCGCCCAUGAAGAGGGACAGCAGCAGUUCCGACAGCGACUCUUCCGAUGAUUCGACAUCCGACACGAGCGAGGAGGAUGCAAGGAAAGCAGCAGCAUCGAAAGCGCGGCUGAAGGCGCGCGAGAAGGUCGAGGAGGAGCGAGCGGAGCGAAGAGCCAAGGAGAAAAGAGGCAAGAAGCUGAAGGCCCAGGCCUCCUCCAGCGAGCGAGACAGCGAAGCCAAGACGAAGCCCAAAAGAAAAGCCAAGGAGGACAGCGACAAGGAUGACGACGGUGAGGCCAGUACAGAAGGAGAAUCAGCAAAACCAAAAAAGAGCAGAAAGGACAAAAAGCAGAAGAAGGAGAAGGAGAAGGAGAAGGAGAAGAAAGAGAAGAAGGAGAAGGUGCCUUCCAAGAGCCAAGGCAAAACGAAGCAAGAGCACGAAAAAAAGACAAAGAAAGAGAAGCAGAAGAAGCGGAAGCAAAAGGCAAGCGACGACAGCGACGAGGAGAAGUCGGCAAGCGAGGUGUCCAGCCCAAAGUCGGAUGGGCAGCAAGUUAAUGGGCAGAAGCGCAAAGCCGCAAAGAACGCCAAGGAGAAGAAGGCACGGAUGAAGGAGGAGAGAAAAGUGAAGAGCCAGAUGAAGGCCAAGAGCAAAACGAGCCUUGACGGCAAGAGGGGUGGGGAUCAAACAAACAUCAAUUUGGAGAUCAAACAAAACUCAGAUUUGCUGCAACGUACAGUAUUUGUGGACUGUGAGCACUGA